GCGAUUACUGCGAUGUUUACCUUACGCACGACUCCAUGAGUGUGCGCAAGGCGCAUAACUCCGGUCGUAACCACUUGAGGAACGUUGUGGAGUACUAUCAGCAGAUCGGCCAGGAGAAGGCUCAAUCAGUUAUCGACUCUAUCACCUCCUCCUACGCCGCUGAAGGCCAGCCCCUCCCCAAUCCGGCUAUGGUGCCAGGAGCAUUCCCCCCACCAUUCGGCUUCCCAGGUCGACCUGGUCAAGGCCCUCCUCUUCCCUUUGGAAUUCCUCCUCCAGGAGCUCCCGGCGCCCCAGGAAUGCCGCCUCCUCCAGGUGCCCACGGUCUUCCUUUCCCACCACCAUUCCCUGGUGCUACAGGAACCCCACCAGCAGGAGGCUUCCCUCCCCCAGGCGGACUCCCUAACAUGCCUCCGGGCGCAGGAAACCUCCCUCCGCCUCCCGGUGGCUUCCCUGCUAACUUCCCCAUGCCGUUACCCGGAGGCGGUUUCCCUCCCAUCCCGCCGAUGCCAGGUAUGUCGAAUUCGCCGAUUCCUUCCGGUCCGCGUGGAUCAGAGGGAUACCCCAUGCCUCCUGGAGGUGGGCCUCCUCCCGGAAUGGAUGAAAAAUGGUAA